UAAAGUAAGAAAUUCUGAAUUUUUCGAAAAUUAAUUUAGAAAAUCAUUAUGUUAUUACUUAUUUAUAGAAAAAAUAUGAUUCUGAAAGGUGAUAAGGAACAACUUUCUGGAGUCAUUGACGUGGGGGUUUUUGACCAAAAUCUUAAAUCAUUGAACAAUUUAUAUGAAACUUAUGUUUUAAGUGUUGGUGAAUUUGAUGAGCGCAUAUUUUUAGGUGAACAUGCAAAUGAACAAAUUGGAACUUCAAAUAAAGUGUCUGGAGAUGAAAUAUCACAAGUUAUUGCUACAUUUGGCCCAAGCAACCGCGCUUGCCACGAGACUCCGCUCACAGGGCGCCGGUACUUAGCUCGUCGGGACGAGGAACUUACACCGGUAUCGGAAGCUAAGAACAGCCUCGCUCGUCUCGCUGCGUACCUCAGACAGGCCAAACCGCAACCCUCCCGGGACCUCUUAAAGUUGUUCUCGGAUUGCAAUGUUAACAUGGAGGCAAUAAACACUAAUUUAGUGCAGCCAUGCAACAGAUGGAUGGAACAGUUUGCUAACAGCUUGAGGGAGAGCAAUACCACUUCCAGUAACGAGACUAUAUCAUUCAGAUGUAAUAUGGUCACAUGUUUGUAUUACAAAGUAUUCGAACACAUCAUUAGAGAGGAGCACCGGAAGAAACCACAAGUGUCCUUAAAUAUGCUGCUGACUCAGGAAACAUACCAGUUAGCAGUUUACGCGUGCUGUACGGAAAUAGUUCUUCACGCUUACGGCUUCCACUCGCUCAAGUUCCCGAAAGUAUUGCAGAUAUAUGGACUCAGUGCCUUCCACUUCUAUAAGAUUAUCGAGCUUGUAGUACAAGCUGUAGUUGAAAAACUAAGUCGUGAUGUCAUCAAACAUCUUAAUGCUGUAGAGGAAGAAGUAUUGGAGUCCUUAGUGUGGACAUCAGACAGUCCACUGUGGGACCAGCUAAGUAAGACUCCAGUUCCAGCGUCCAUUGACGUUAAAGUCCACGAUUCGCCACACCGUAGAACUAAUGGUCUUCAAUCACCAGUUUCAUCAGUUAUCGAUCGUUACCUGUCACCUAUCGCGGACCAGGCUAAAAAGCAACUGUUCAAAGACACAAUCAAACCAGGACAGUCUUUACUCGUUGCAACGAACAAUACGCCGUGUAAGCAAGAGGCGAGCUCCUCACAACCUACUCCAGGUUGCUCAAACGGCGAGUCGAAUAGCAAUACAACUACUCCCAAAAAAACAAAUAACUCGUUAAUACUGUUCUUUAGAAAGUUUUAUAGUUUAGCUGUUGUGCGUGUAAAUGAUUUGUGUACUCGACUGCGUUUGACUGACGAAGAACUAAAGAAGAAGAUAUGGACGUGUCUAGAAUAUUCUGUAAUGCAUCAGACGCAGCUUAUGAAGGACCGUCACCUUGACCAAAUACUCAUGUGCGCCGUCUACGUUAUAUGUAGAGUAUCAAACAAUCCUACUAAUCAAGUAGAGAGGACUUUUACUGAAAUCAUGCAUUGUUAUCGACAACGGCCUUUAGCUGAUAAUCAUGUGUACAGAUCUGUUCUUAUUAAACAGAGCGAUGGAGAGAGUUCACCAGAAAGAGGCGAUUUAAUUAAUUUCUACAAUAAAGUUUAUGUCCAAUGUAUGCAAAACUUUGCGUUAAGAUUUACUGGGAAGCAUAAAGAUGAAUGUAGUUUGUCCCCGCUGCCAGCCGGGCGCGGCGAUGCGACGUGGUCACCCGCGGGCCAGCGAGUGUCGGAGCGUCACCAGCUGUACGUGAAGCCUCUAACCACGCCGCCACCGCCGCACCACCAUCUUACCUACCGCUUCAGCCGCAGUCCUGCAAAGGACCUGCAUGCGAUUAACACAAUGGUGUCGUGCGAAGUGGGUGGGCUGGCCACAUCAUUGGGCGCACUGGGAGUGAAGCGUGGCGCUGAAGCGGGUGGAGACGUCGUGAAGCGAGCUCGCCUUGCGCACGCUAGCGUGGCACGCCGUCUGCAGGGACUUAUGACGGACCGACAGGCAGUCUAGACGAUUCAAUCAAAUCCAUCCAAAAUUAACACUCGAGUCUAUUUACGUUUUCUUAGUCAUAUUUAUUUCAUUUCAUUUUAGUACCAAAAAUCGCUUCUAGCUCUCUAGCCGACGUAUUUUGUUUUUCUUUUAAAAACGGUUUGAUUAAGUGACGAAUUCUAUUAGGUAAAUGUGAAAUCAAUUUUGUUAAGAUUGACCGCUAUGACUUAAUGCUUAGUUUGUCACAACUUGUACUGCAAGCAGUGCCAAGAUGCCGCCCGGAGGCAGUGUAACGCGUACUUAGCGCCCACAACGUUGAGAAAAAUACAUAUUGAUCUCAUUUUUUAUUUAUGUUGAUAAUAAUACAUAUAGUAUUGAUAUGCCAUAACUUGAAUUUUGCUCAUUGCUUUCGUAAGAUUUAAGUUAUAAUAGUAAUCGAGUCUAUCAAGGGCUGUGUCGGAAUGAAUUGGUGUUUCUGAGUCUAGAACACUGUUUUAUUUACCAGGCUUCUGCCAACAUACAAGUAUGUUAUUUGAGUUUUUAUUUUCCAUCUUAACAUGAUUGACUGAAUAAUUUGUUUGUAGUAAAGAUUUUAUUUUACUCCAUAGUUCUCAUAUUGUAGGUAUGGCACUACCUAAAAUUAAGUUCCUUGUCAAUUUUGUUUAUUCCAUUACAAUCUGACAUAUUUUAGUUUCUUCCAUUAAUUGUAUUAUUAUUCCCUUAGUUUGUAAGAAAUCAGAGAAAAUUAUAAAAUCAAUUUGUUUUAACUACCAAUCAAAAUUAAAUGAUUGUAUAUUUCGGACAUAAGCACUAUAUAUAUCAUGUAUUCUAUUAGAUUUUACUCUUAGGUUAUAAAUAAAAG